UGUGGAAACUAGACCAUGUGCCUGGGUAGAAGUUUCUCCUCCCUCCGCAGCUCUGCACCCCCAGCAAUGCUUACCACGUCCUUGUUUUGAGAACCUCGCUUAAGUUAGCCCAGAAGCAGUCUGCCGACGGGCAUUUGGAAGCCGCUGGUCCCGAUAAUAUCUGAGGUCCCCUUCAGCUUUGACACUCUCCUUUGCCAGCAUCCAGCCAUGGGGGACAUGAAAACCCCUGAUUUUGAUGAUCUUCUGGCUGCCUUUGACAUCCCAGAUCCCACCAGCCUUGAUGCCAAGGAGGCCAUCCAGACCCCCAGCGAGGAGAAUGAGAAUCCCCUCAAGGCUUCCGGCAUGUGUAUGGACGACAGCGUGUCCCUGUCUCACUCGGGGUCAGCCCCAGAUGUGCCGGCCGUGAGUGUCAUUGUCAAGAACACCAGCCGCCAGGAGUCCUUUGAAGCGGAGAAAGACCACAUCACUCCCAGCCUCCUACACAAUGGGUUCCGGGGCCCGGACCUGCCAUCAGACCCCCACAGCCUGGGGCACAACUGUGGGAAGUUCGAUUCCACCUUCAUGAACGGAGACAGCGUGAGGAGCUUUCCUGGCAAGCUGGAGCCACCCAAGUCAGAGCCAUUACCAACCUUUAACCAGUUCAGUCCGAUCUCCAGCCCCGAGUCCGAGGACACCAUCAAAGACAACGGGUUUGGGAUGAAGCCCAAGCACCCUGACAGUUACUUCCCACCCCCUCCCGUGGGCGGCCCAGCCCUGGAAGCUCUGGGUAAGUUCCCAGUUCCGGAGCUACACAUGUUUGAUCACUUCUGUAAGAAAGAGCCGAAGCCAGAGCCGCUGCCCCUGGAGACCCAGCAGGAACCGGAGCGGGGUGGGCUGAAGGCAGCCCAGUCUCACAAGGAGCUGCAGGCCAGCCGGUUCUUUGGCGAUGCUUUGGAGUUCAACAGCCACCCCAGCAACAGAAUCGCGGAGUCCAGAGGACUGGCCCCCGAGCUUGGCCCGUGCUCGGCAGUGCCCCCUCGGCAGCGUCUUAAGCCGGUUCAUUCCAAACUGUCCUCCUGUGUGGCAGCCCUGGUGGCCCUGCAGGCCAAGAGAGCGGCCAGUGUCACCAAGGAGGACCAGCCUGGUCACACAAAAGAUCCCUCAGGGCCCCCUAAGGAGGGUUCUAAAGGGAGCCCCAAAAUGCCCAAGUCACCAAAGAGUCCCCGGAGCCCUCUGGAGGCCCCCAGGAAAAGUAUCAAGCCAUCAGACAGCCCUCGGAGCAUUUGCAGUGACAGUAGCAGCAAAGGCUCCCCUUCGGUGGCUGCCAGCUCCCCUCCAGCAAUUCCCAAAGUCAGAAUCAAAACUAUUAAGACAUCGUCAGGGGAAAUCAAACGGACCGUCACCAGGAUCCUGCCAGACCCUGAUGACCCAACUAAGUCCCCCGUUGGAUCGCCUCUUGGGAGUGCCAGUGCUGAGGCCCCCAGUGAGGUGCCGGGGGACGAGGGCGUCACCCUGCCUGUGGAGGAGCACUUUUCUGAGGUGGACCUAAAUUCAGGGAGCCCCCAGGAGGACCUGAAAGGAGAGGAGAGCAAGGCUGGGGAGCCUCCGUCUCCCAGCUGCAGCUCCGGGCCCUGGACCUCGAAGGGGGCAGCGGUGGGCUCACAGACCGGCCGGAAGCAGCAGCAGAGCUCAGUCCUGCAGGCCUCCAGCCUGGCCCCAGCCAACCUCCUGCCCAAAGCUGUCCACCUGGCCAACCUGAACCUGGUCCCCCACAGUGUCGCUGCGUCCGUGACGGCCAAGUCCUCGGCUCCGAGGCGGAGCCAGCCCCAGCUCACGCAGAUGUCGGUGCCCCUGGUCCACCAGGUGAAGAAGGCUGCCCCGCUGGCCGUGGAACUCUUCAACAAGGUCCUCCACAGCGCCAACCCCGUGCCCGUCUACGCACCAAACCUCAGCCCCCCGGUGGACAGCAGGAUCCACGUGCCGGCCAGCGGCUACUGCUGCCUGGAGUGUGGCGACGCCUUUGCCUUAGAGAAGAGCCUGAGCCAGCACUACAGCCGGCGCAGCGUCCACAUCGAGGUGCUGUGCACACUGUGCUCCAAGACGCUGCUCUUCUUCAACAAGUGCAGCCUGCUGCGGCACGCCCGCGACCACAAGAGCAAGGGGCUGGUCAUGCAGUGCUCCCAGCUCCUCAUGAAGCCCAUCUCUGCAGACCAGAUGUUUGUGUCGGCCCCUGUGAACUCCACGCCACCAGCAGCCCCAGCCCCCUCGCCCUCCCCGAAACCCGACCUCCCCUCGGGCCCCGCCAGCCCCGCUCCACCAGCCUUGCCCCUCUACCCAGACCCCGUGCGGCUCAUCCGGUACAGACUCAAGUGUCUUGAAUGCCACAAGCCGGUGCAGGACUACAUUGCCCUGGCUGCACACCUUCAGAGGCUGGCGGAGGAGACCGAGGGGCUGACCUGCCAGGUGUGCCAGAUGCUGUUGCCCAACCAGUGCAGUUUCUGCGCCCACCAGCGGAUCCACGCUCACAAGUCCCCCUACUGCUGCCCGGAGUGUGGGGCCCUCUGCCGCUCUGCCUAUUUCCAGACCCACGUCAAGGAGAAUUGCCUGCACUAUGCCCGCAAGGUGGGCUACAGGUGCAUCCACUGUGGUGUCGUCCACCUGACCUUGGCCUUGCUGAAAAGCCACAUCCAGGAGCGGCACUGCCAGGUCUUCCACAAAUGUGCAUUCUGCCCCAUGGCCUUCAAGACUGCCAGCAGCACCGCUGACCACAGCGCCUCCCAGCAUCCCUCCCAGCCCCACAGGCCUUCCCAGCUCAUUUACAAGUGCUCCUGUGAAAUGGUCUUCAACAAGAAGCGGCACAUCCAGCAGCAUUUUUACCAGAAUGCCAGCCAGGCCCAGGUGGGGGUCUUCAAGUGCCCCGAGUGCCCGCUCUUGUUCCCGCAGAAGCCAGAGCUGAUGCAGCAUGUGAAGAGCACCCACGGGGUCCCCCGAAACCUGGACGAGCUGUCAAGCCUCCAGUCUUCAGUGGACACGUCCUCGAGCCGCCCCGGCUCUCGAGUCCCUGCUGAGCCUCCAACAUCGAGUGUGGCUGCUCGGGGCAGCUCCCUGUCCUCCAGUCGUUGGGGCAGGUCAGAAGCCCACCGUAGGACGGAAGCCAGGCCCCGGCUGAGGACCACGGGCUGGACCUGUCAGGAGUGUCAGGAGUGGGUCCCUGACCGGGAGAGCUACGUGUCCCACAUGAAAAAGAGCCACGGGCGGGUGCUGAAACGGUACCCGUGCCGGCAGUGCGAGCAGUCCUUCCACACCCCCAACAGCCUGCGCAAACACAUCCGCAACAACCACGACACAGUGAAGAAGGUGUACACCUGUGGGUAUUGCACAGAAGAUAGCCCCAGCUUUCCUCGGCCCUCCCUCCUGGAGAGCCACAUCAGCCUUAUGCAUGGUAUCAGAAACCCUGACUUGAGCCAGACGUCGAAAGUCAGAGCUCCGGGUGGCCCUCUCCCUCAGGUGAACCAUCUGAAAAGAAAAAGCGAAGCCGUCGACGCUGUGGACACCUCCAGUGGCAUGGCUGCCUCCUCCCCCAAAAGACACAAGUCCCUUUUUCAGUGUGCAAAGUGUAGCUUUGCAACAGACUCGGGGCUCGAAUUCAAGAGCCACAUACCUCAGCACCAGACGGACAACUCCACAGCCCAGUGUCUCCUCUGUGGCUUGUGCUACACCUCUGCCAGCUCCCUCAGCCGCCAUCUCUUCAUCGUCCACAAGAUGCGAGACCAGGAGGGGGAAGAGGACGGGGAGGAGGUGGUGGAGCCAGCGACGGAGGCGGCAGAGCCUGAGGUGGGCUCUGCGGAGGCGGUGCCCACGAAGACCAGGGAGAAUGGACUGGAAGAAUGUGCUAGCGGGUCUUUGCUGGCUGAACGCGAGGCAAGAUCAGAUGGUGCCCAGGAUGCUCGGAGUCAGCCACAGGCCCCUGCGGACCAGGAUAGCCACACACCCUCCCUUUAGGUGUGACCAGAGGCUUCGUAGUCUGAGGUUGGGUGUCGCCCUAGUGUCCUCCACUGACCACGCGGACAAUGAGAGGUGACAGGCCCUGCCCUGGUGGGAAUGAGGCCAGCCGUGCCCUGGAGCAGUGUCUGCCCUGAGCUACAGGGGGCUGAGUGGCCCCCCCGGCUCCAGGACCCUAACAGCUCUGGAUUUGCUUCUGUUAUUUAUGUAGCUUUGUGCUGCUUCUUGGUACCCCAGUUUUGUCUGUGUCCUCCCAGCCCCGGUGCUGUGAACUUGGCUUGAGACCCUCAGCUGCUGUGCUCUUCUGGGAGGCCCCCUGCUGGCUGCCCUCAGCUGCGGGCUCCUGGGAGCUCUGCUUACCUUCAGCCGCCAGCACUCCAGCUCCCCUCCCACUAUCUGAGCCUGAGAAGAGGGGGAGCAAGGGGUGCCCACACAAGUCCCUCUCAGAGAGCUCUGCCCAGCUGUCCUGUGAGAGCCCUUGGUUGCCUUGUCCUCCCUUCUAUCUUCUCCGAUUCCUUGUCCCCAAAUUGCCCUGGAGAACGAAUUGGCCAGUGUCCCAGUGGGUGGGUGAAACUUGGCAGUGCUAGUGGGGGCUCGGGCAGAGCAGGGGGUGCUGCAGAGGCAGGCGGGCAUGGCAGUCAGCUGCCUCCUUUCCUUCAGAGGGUUGGGGGCUGUGCAGGACUUGUUCGGCUACUGUGCCUCCUUCCUGAGCUGUGGGAUGGGUCUGGGGGCACACAGACGUUGGGAUAUUUGUCCUCUUGCUCCUGUGCCAUUGGAGAGGCUGUUGCUCCCGACAGGCCAGCCCCUCCUCCUCUUGACUACACUCGUGUUGCUCAGACUAUAUUUCAAAUAAAAACCUUUCCAUGGA